UGUCGCUCAAAAGCGAGUGACCAGUGAAAGUCCUCACCUGUCGAAUCCCUCCUUCUACCUGUUUUUUACAUUACCCCUUCGCCUUUAAAGCCCCCCCCCGUGCCAUAUCGCACGUCGUGAGUUCCGUCACUGCUCUUCGGCCGGAACAAGUACUGUGGUGGUGUGUCGCAUCUGCUUACAAGAACAUCCCACUCGGACGUUUUAUUGGUGUGGACUGCUCCACCUGAAGACGUCGGUGAAACAACGAAAAAGGUUCCCGCCCUUCGCUAGGAGAGAGGAAGUACCCGAAGGGAUUUAACUACCUGAGUGAUCGUUCAAUCACCCGCAACGCCAAGAUGAAGGCCACACUGAUCGCCUUUGGUGCCCUCUGCCUAGCUGUCGCGAUAGCUAUACCAAAGAAGGAGGCGGCCAGGCGCUCCAAGCGCGCCGCGUACGAGCUCCCAGACGGCGCGGAGCUGAUUGUCGGUAGCUACCAGACGAGCUUCAGCUGCGCGGGCCUGCGCUAUGGAUACUACGCCGACACGGACAACGAGUGCAAGAUCUUCCACAUCUGCCACCCUGUCGUGCUCGCCGACGGCAGUGAACAGAUGAACCACUGGAGCUUCUUCUGCGGCAACCAGACCGUGUUCAACCAGCUGACGCUCACCUGCUCCUUCCCGGAGGAGGCGGUGCCGUGUCAGAACGCCCGGGACUUCUACUACGUGAACGACAACAUUGGCGUCGAGGACGCUCCCUUCCUCACCGACGACGACGUCUCCAGGGGACAGGCCCUGUACCCGGGCUUCGGCGCCAGGCUCAGCGGUCGUGCCGCCGCCGCAGCCGCCAAGAAGUAGAAUGAAACGGAUACAUAGGAGACCAAACGCUUGACACGGCCUUACACUGCACCGCGACUCACUGCGAUUCUUAGAGGUCCACGAAGGGAUAAUACAUUUCCUGGGAAGUCAGCGGUCUUUUGAAAAAAUGCGUUUUCGCUGAUCUAUAGGAAGGACUUUAGUGCAUACACGGUCUGUAGGGGAUUAUGAGUCUAUAGACUAUACAGUAAACAGCGCAAAAACAUUUACAUUCGGCAUCUGGCAACAUGUGUCUAUGGGGUAUCUAUAAAUAAUGCACUAGAACGGAAAUGUCCCCAUCCAUAGCCGUAAGGUGCUUCUGGACUAGUUAGAUCCAUAUUAGUCCGGCACUUCAUCCAAUAGAAUGAGUCUACUUUGUCAAAUGGCAUGUGUCCCUGUUAUUCACUUCAGCACAAUUGCGUUGGUUUAUAUAGCUUGCCUAUAUAAUUAAGCCUAGCGACAGUAUUCGAGCCAGAUGCGCAGAGUUAACGUUACGCAGGUGAGCCAUCGUCCAUUACGGUGUUACUUUCAUUGGGCUGUUUUUCUUCCGAUUUGCCAUCAUCGCUUUCAUGGCUUUAGCCCAGGUUGAUUAGCAAGCCUACUUGGCUUACAAGAAAUUUAUGACACUGCCUACCAAACUACGGCGUUGCCACCCAGACGGCACAAUUUCUCUAAUUCCUUGAUAACACGCCACGGGCCAUCAUUGACAGCACUGCUGUCAUCAGCGAUGGAGAACAGUGGACUCUAAUAGGUUAUGACGCUCGAAGCAAGGGUGAACUAUAAUAAUGCAUGGCUCAGGAGAUGUGCGCCGUCUGGGUGGCAGUUAUUUGCCGCGACAUCACGGCGACACGUGGUACGGUGUCGCUGGCGAUGCACGUGGUACGCGCGUAUGACGGAAGCGCACUGCGCUCUUGCUGGUUGAUUCCUUGUACAAUACAGCGCACGUGCAUAUAGACAAUUGUGAUGCCAGUAUUUUCCAUUAGGCAUUUAUAACUAUCCUUUCGCAUGUCAUCUGUUCGCUUCGAUAAUACAAACCUUCCGCCACGCUUAUAUACGAACUUGAAUGCUCGGUGCGUAACAUAAGGGUAGGUUUCAAUGAUGAGAUACGCUGUAGAGUUGCGAUUUUUUUUUUCAACUGACUAAGCUUCUCUUACAGCCUUUGUAAGACACGCUAAGCAGUGUACAUGCAUAGGGCAGUUUUUAGAGAAAUUAUCUGUGCACGCUGUCCCUAUUAGGUUAAGUUUGUGCUCACAGAGUGCCGACUGUGAGUCCACUGGCCCCUACAAAUGAGCCUGCGGCCGAGUGAAGUGCAAUCUUUGUGAGCGCUUUAGAAGCAUGCUGCGCUAUUGACAUGUCAUGUGGGCACUAUUGCAGUGGGAACUUAAUGCAUGUGACUUAUUAAGCUCCAAAGGUCAAUGAAUUCAAGAGAUCUAUGAAUGUCGGUAGCUUUCAAGCAACGCAAGUUCUUUCGGUAUCCUGAGUCCUACAUUUUCUGACCAACAAAUGGUCCAGAUGUAGUGUGCGAAGGCAUGAAGAAUUGCGACUGACAUUGCCAUUAGUUGAAGCGGAGCUGAAUGAAAUCAUUCCAGGUAUCUUGCUUCACGGUCACUACAAUCAAGGGAUGUUACGACAGUCGUCUUGGCUGUAUAUCCGGCUUCAUAGAGAAACACCCAUCAACAUCUCCGGUAGCAUUGCUGUUCUAAACGCUACAAAUGCACUGACCUCGUACAACUUCAUAGGUCGACCAGUGUGCUCGUCUUUUUGGCCAGUAGAAGCAACAUGCAGCCUACGCCUCGGUAAAAUUUCAGAAGUGCUUGUGCGAACACUUGUCGCAUCGCAAAGGCGUUGUGACCUUGUGUCGAAAUGAGGUUGUUAUUGUUGACGAGUUAGUUGUUUCCAUCCCAUUUUCUUAAAGCAAGCGUGUCUAAGGUAUUUGUAUGUCGAACUAUGGUUCUGCGUUGUGAGCGUUUGCACACGAUCCCGGUAGAUUGAGUAGAAUCUUCUAUGUCGCUCGACAACGUAGACGUCGCAUGUUGUUAAAUGCAACGCACUGAAGAAUUCGCAGUGCGUAUCCCUGUGCCACUUUCUUCUAGCAUACUAUCAUAGAGGUUUUUUUUGUGCCUUUUGCGUCAAUGUGCGUGGACAUAUGUUAUUGUCUGCUUUCUGUACUUGUUUGUGAGACUAAUGUAUUGUGCCGCCACUGAUGUGAAUAGUUGUCAUGCUUUUCUUCUCGCCUCGUUCGUGGGUACUCUUUGGCUGCUGCAUGAAUGGUAGGGUUUUGUUUAUUUGGGUGCCUCUUUUGGCCUGAGAAUCUGUCAAAACUAUCUUACCGGCAGACUAAGUGGUAGUAUAGUUAUACGAUCAACUUGUGGCAUGUAUUUACUACUCAUUUUUAAGCUGGGCUGUGCCGUAGUAGUUUCCACGUAUCUCUAACCCCAGAAAAUAGGGAGUGGAGCUUUUGUAGCAUGCUUGAGAAAUGCAAUUGUGAAAGAAGGAUUAAAUAAACGCUGAUAUUGUGUCUUCAUAAGUCCGCUUCGGCUGUUUCGAGAUUAACUGUGCUUUUCUCGUUUUGCCAGUGUAGGCUUAAAUGGGAAUGAUGCAGAAGAAAGCGUGAUGGAAAUCUUUGCACUCUUCCUCUUGCGGGCUUCAAAUGAAGGUUAAUCGCGUUGCCUCUUGUCAUGCUAACCCUCCUCCUCCUUUGUCGCGUGGUAAACGACAAUCUCGCUGGUUGAGAAUGCUUGUUUCGGGGCUGAGCGUAUAAGCCUGGUUGCGUUGUGUCCAAAAAGUUCUCUCGUCAGUGUCUUUGUGUGUUACGAGCGGAGCUAACCUGUACGACCGAGUGUAUUGUGUUGUCCCGUGUAGUCAGGCUGUCUCGCUUGUACCUGUCGCCAGCUCACACAGCAUUGUCCGUGUAUGUGUUCUAGCCGUUACGCUACAAAAACUAUCCUUGUUAAGUUUACCCGACCAUCGGCCGAUCUUUGCAAGUGUAUUUAUGCCAACAGCUUCCGUCGAAUUCUGUGUACAUUGUGUAGCUCCUCCCCUACCUUCCCACAAACUCCCAUUCCCCUCUUAUGCCUAUCUGUCAAUAUGUUUCGUGUUUGCUUCGUUUGAAGUGACAGCUGUUUAGCCAUUUUUAACGAUUAGUUUUUUUUCAUAUCCUGUUGCUGCCAUACUGUUAUGUUUCUUGUUUUGAGUUGCUUGAACCACAUUUUUUUUUCUUUCUCCUGUACAGACCUCAAUGAAGGGAGCAAUAAAACAUGCACACGUGA